AUAGUUUCUUGCCCUUCUGCACUAUUCCCGAUAACCUUCCAACGCCAGUUACAAGCUUCAAUGAAGGUUACUACUUAACGUUUCCUGCAUGUGUCCCUUUUCAGCACUAGUCAAUCACUACAUUUCCCAGCGAUACGGUAGCCGCCCUGUGGUCUUCGCGGGUGCAAUUGGUUCCUGCCUCAGCCUGCUCGUCGCUGCGUUCUCGCCUAGUAUCGGACUGUGGGUAUUGGCUGUUGGAGUUGGCCUUGGUGCCUCGCUCUCUUGCAUUUACUUCACCGUCUUCUCUGUUGUGGGACAGUGUUUCCGACGUUAUCUCGGCUUGGCCAACGGAAUUAGCGUGGCUGGGGUUAGCGUUGGUCAAAUGGCAUUUCCUUCCCUGAUGACCCAUUUGAAUGAAGUUUAUGGGACGCGUGGUGGAGCAGUUAUCAUCAGUGCUCUGUGCCUGCAUCUACUCAUCACUGCGGCUCUGAUGCCUCGAUACAUUGUAGAACGGAGCUCAUCGUCUGAGCAAGUAACGAAGAAGCAGCGAGAUCCGGGUCGCAAACGCCGUCUAUUUCGGCCCCGGAAAUCUCAGAGAUCUGGAGAAGGUGCGCAGCUGGCAGAGGAUUCAACCUUGGCUUCACUGUCUAAUAACUGUGAAUUUGCUAACAAGAAACUUGGAGACACAAAGCUCGAUCAAAUGUAUGUAGAACUUAUGGACAUGGAAAAACCGCCGCCACCCCAAGCAGCUGGCGAUAUUCCUACUCAGCCUGCCUAUCCAUCCUCGGAGACAAAGACGCAGUCCUUGAAGAAAACCCUGUCUUCCAUGUCUCUGACUACCAGGUUCGAUGCCCAACUCAGUCGUGCCUUACUGGUUGUGUACAUUUUGGGCAAGGUGUUCGGUGAUAUUGGAGAUGUGAGCAUCUCAUUUGUGGCUCCGACCCAUGGAACCAAAUUGGGAUUCAGUCCGACAAUUAUCAGUCGGGCCAUCGCUAUAUCCGGUGCAGUAGAUCUGGUUGCUCGUCUCGGUGUUGGAUGGCUCACAGAUCGGCCUUCGUGCGUGGGUCGUCGUGGUCCACUCCUGGCUACCGUAUGGCUAAUCACCGGGAUAAACGCCCUGGGAUUCUCGACAUUGACCCGACUAUUUUCCGCUGACCCAUCUAAGGAAGCGCCGACUGGUCUGUUGGCCGCCUACUACUUCUGCUUUGCUGUACAUGGUGUAUGUAGUGGGACUGCCAUGACACAAAUGAUUGUGGUCUUGUCUGACUGGGUUGGUCCAUCCCGCUUGCCCCACUCGCUUGCCUUGACCAUGGUCGUUCUGGGAAUCGCUAUUUCACCGGGCCAAUUUGCAAUCGGUUAUGUGGCCGACGUCACUCACGACUAUGUGUGGUCUCUGCGUAUCUGUUUCCUAAUCAUGAUGACUGCUGGAGUCCUUCUACUCAUGGAAUUCCCUGUGCGUGUCUAUUUCAAUCGCAAAUUCAAGCAACUCCUGACUGAGGCUAAACUCAACGGACAUUCGACCUCCAUCAUACCCCUCAAAAUGGCAUCGUUUACGGACGACCCGGAAUUGCACCUGUCCGGACAGUACUGGGAUGUGGGAGUCUCGGAUUCAGAGCAGGACACGGACAAUAUUUUACCACGAAUGCAGCCCGCUUUGGGAUCGGUUCCGGUACAGCUCCCAACGGCAGAUGAUGGGCAUUCGAAUGGUUUGCUUGUUUGUUCACAAAAACCUGAACCAGAAGAGUGAAACUUGGCCAUUGGCCUACCAAACAGGGGAAUCCUAACUAGUCACCCCACUUUUACACCGUGUUGCUUUCGUCCUUCUCUUCCAACUGAACUUUUUGUUCAUUCCAACAGCAACAGAACAAGUUGCUCCAGGUCUAACGCGAACGAGUAAAUUCUAUUUUAAACCGUUAUUCCGUUUCCACAAACCCCAAUUACGGAAUACAUACACAUGUGGAUGCUUCCAUUGCUGUCAUGCCCUCGUUUAUUCGGCUCAGGUUGUCACCUCCCAUCCAUCUGUUUACCAAGCCAGUGUCCUUCUUACCGUCUUGGUUGUACCUGUUGCUCAGUUAUUGUAUUAAUUUACGCAGGUUCUCUCUGCUUCCAAUCCCGUCGUCACGCGAUUGGUUCACAACCGUGGUGGAAGUCGGUGUGCUGCUGUUCGAAUUCCCGCUACACUAGCUCUUAUUGAAAUGCCGUAUACUUUGUGCGAUCCGGUGUGUUAUGUGCGUAUGCUGAUUUUCUAUACGUGUAUUCGUUUAUGAAUAUAUU